UGUACGAGAAAUUCACUGUGUUAGGGUCGGUGAGACUCGUCUCGUGGAAAUUCAUUCUAUCGCGUGAGGGUUGCGAGCCGCCGUGGAUCUCUCUUGUGGAGUUCAGUCUCAACAACCAAGGGUGAAUGUGUUGGCUUCCUCAGUACGAGACAAGUGUCUGUCCGAUGUGCAGUCAUUCAGUGAACGCGAUUCACGGCAGACGUUCACUUCUCCUCGUGAGAUUUAGACCAUCUGCUCAGACUACUUUUUUUUGGUGACUCUUGAGAAAGUGAUUUAGCUAAUCAAAGACCAUUAACCGAGUGAUUUUAUCUCAAAGGGAGGUGGAUUUUAUCACGAAAAUAAAGUUAGUUCAAUUCGUGACGAAAACUGCGGUAAAAACUUGUGGAAUUUUAAUUUUUGAUUGCAAACUGUGUGUGGUUGUAUUUGGGAAAUAUGAAUAUCUGAAUUGAUUUAUCUCACCCACCUACAUUCCUUAUCAGCAUCGUGCUCUCUCGGAUGGAAUUUGUUAUUUAUGCAAAUGCAAUUAAGUCUGUUGGCAGUUUAUUUUCAAACAGACAGCGCCAGAGAGUCAAAUGAACAGACAUCAUACAUAGUGGAGACGUAUUUAAAAUUUAUCCAAUGAAUAUUCCUCAACAUUCUGCAAUUGGGCCACUCUUUUGCAUUUUUGAUACGCAGUGUCAGUUUUGAGUGUGUACAUUUUAGGGUAGAAGGACUUCAACCCUCAUCCACCCUGUGGCAACUUGUAUACUUAUAUUGAUUAAUUUAGGGUCUAAAUAUUUGAAGGGACUGUAUAAAUUUUCCUCUCUCUUAACCCAAAAUUCUGAGCGCUCUCGCCGGGCACUCAUCAUAGUUACAUAUAUACAAAAUCACAUCCCCCAAAUUAACCAUAGGUGAAAUGUGAAUAUUUUUAGCAAAUUAGUCCAUAGUUAAUGCAUCUACUCAACAAGACACUCAGUGGUAGAUUUACGUGCUCUCAAACUAAUGGAAAUAAUAACCUUGUGUGUAAUUAAAAUUAAUUAGAAAGCGCCUACAAGGGGUGUUCUUGAAACUUUCACACAUUUUAUGUGCAUCAAAAGCAACUUUCCCACACACUCCAUACCCACAGCAUCAUCCCCAUAACUUGCCAUAGUGUUGUAGCUUUUGAGUGCUGUGACAGGGUGGUGGUGAAAACGCAAGAAAGUCGUAUCUACGAUAUUACCUCAACCUCUAAAGGAGAGACACAGAAAAGAAGGUGAUAGAUGUAUUUCACAAAAAGGUGUUGAACAUUGUUUGCUAAAGAAACUUCAAUUGUACAGACUUGAAAGUAUUUUAUACUGUAUGAAAUUAAAUGUGAAUGCUGGAUUGUGUUCCACUGAACAGAGGUGAAUCACAAGAGAUCGUAUAUCGAGUGCUGGGAUGCACCGUUUUGUGAGCAUGUAACAAAAGUGACGACACCGAAGACACAGUGAAGAGAAAACUUAUCCAUUUCUUUUAUUACACUUUGCCAACUGAUACUACUGUACGUGGCAAUAGUGCUCUAGGGAAGUGGGACAUGAACUAAGGGGAGCUUCUCGUUGUUUAAGCUAAGAAUCACCAAAGGGCAAUAGACAGCUUCGUGAGACAACGCAACAGCAACACACUUUUACAUUUACCUACUACUUAAGAUCAAAGAUUGAAGUGGAAAUUCAUCAAAAGACAGUGUUGUUGCUGGGGAAAAGCUGUGACGCUCCGAGGAAACUGUUUUCUGUCGAUGACUCGACGUGUUUACGAUGUAAGGGAUUUCGCUGUAAAACCACCAGCAAUUAAUGCCACUUCCCCAUGGAUGAAGCAUGCAUCGGAGCUUGACGGAGACCGCCUCCUGUAGUGGUGGAAUUUACCGAUAAUCAUCAACCUAAUCACUGUGCCACUCAACAUGUCACGAAGCUCCAAGAAAAUAAAGCCCAAAGGGCUUAUUUGGACGCUUUUGAGUUGCGUUAUUGCAUUCAUCCUCUCUGGAAUUGACAUGGUGAAUGCCCUGAAGAGAGGUCGAUUAUUGUUUCCGGUGACGUAUACAGCCCUCGAGGGAGAUUUACGUGUACAGCUACAGAAUAUCCAGCUGGAGGAACCUAGUCACAGAUCCCAGGAUCAUCGUUUACACAUAACACGCAUCGAGGAUGCAUCACGCAUAACUGUCGGCAUCAUCGACAUCUACCCCGAUCCAUACUCCAAUGUCACCCAAAUAACAGUUCCUUGUCAGUACUUCCUUCGUGGUGGUCUGUACGAGUUCGAGAUUGUGGGUGGUGACACGACGGCCACACAGCAGAGCAGUAGGGACGACAGUCCGCCAAGGGAGCGUCUUAGGCAGCAACUCGAUGUGAGAUGGCCCAUGGCGAAAUUAAGUGUAACACCGGAAUCGAUUGGAACGUACCCACAGGAACCAAUCGAUGCUAUCUUAGAGUUUCCAAGUGUUGAGUGUAGUUUCCCAAAUACCGAUUCACUAGAUGUGCCCGAGUUCUGGUUGGAGCUCAACUACUGCGGCCAUGAGAUUUAUUGUGACAGUAUGAAUGUAACCAAGUCGCAGAUUUUAUAUGCUGAACAAGUUAGGGGUUUCCCACGGACUCGAAUCGUUAAGCUACGAUGUGAAUUAUUUGGUCUUGCCGGACACUAUGUGCUCAAAUUGCGCCCAACACCACCCACACCUAAUAUAGUAUCAGCAUCAGCAUUUAUUAAGGCUGAUUGGAGCGACCAAUUUGUGUUCAACGUUCACGCCCGCAGCAUAUUCCCAUGCGAUCCAAUGACUGGUGGCAUCGGUGUGCUGUUUGAGUAUCCGGCAUGCAUUCUCGAUCAGGCGGAUCGUGUCCGUUUAUUUGCUAAAUUGCGUGCAGAUGUUGCAUCCCUGGCACCACCAACAUCACUGCACUACGUCACGGAGCAACGUGUCGUUCGUGGGCAGCAUUCCCUGCAUUUCGAUUGUGACCUCUUCUCAGAAAAAUAUGUGGAAUACUGUUUCGUGUAUGUGAGUCAAGCCAUUUCUGGUGCAGUGGCCGACAUCCGUAUGGACUGUGUACCUACCCUGCCCGUUAGUGAACAAGAUACCGGAGGAUGGGGACCUUUCAGUGAAUGGACACCAUGCUCAACAACGUGUGCCGGAGGCACGAGGAAUCGCUAUCGUUUCUGCGAUUCACCACCCCCACGCUAUGGAGCAAAGUUUUGCGAAGGUCCUGCCGUGGAGACGGAGCGCUGUGGCGGACCGGAAUCCGGCACGUGGGAGUGCCUCUACGGCUCAGGGAAUUCCCUAACUGGCGAGGUGCCAGCGGAUCGUCCAGAAGUGAUAGCGGAAAUUGGGCCGGGCUGUCGCUGUGGAUGCAUUGUCCAUUUGGGUGCUGUCAAGCCGCGUCGCCUGAUUGCCUCAUCGUCACGCAGCUGCCCUGGCAGAACAUUUUGGCUUGUACAGGCGGAUGACAAAUGUCACAUCCGUUUCAAAUUGGACUUCUUUCGUCUUCCGUGUGCCACACAGUAUCUCAAGAUUAGAGAUGGAGACUCCCUUGCUUCAGAACUAAUUGGGGAAUUUUUCGGGGGGUACACGAGGGUACCAGAUAGCGCAAUGUCCAGCAGCUCUCAGAUGCUCCUUGAAUUCCUUUCGGAUGAACUCGCAUCAAUGGGGGAGUCUUGUGGAGGUGGCUUCUUGGCUCACGUUCAGCAAAUAUGUCAUCAGAAUGCAAGUUUUCCGGUAACGAGCAGGGCCAUCAUCCCAAUUUCCGCCAUCGAAUCAAUUGCCAUGAAAUUAACUAUCGCUCACGUGGCUGCUAUAGCUUUUGUGAGCAUGAUUAUUGUCAUGAGUCUUAUGCUUGGUACGCAAUACGUUUUCCGGUAUCGCAAAUAUCAACUAGCUGAGAGUAAGGGUGAACCUGAUUCACCAGCCCAUACACCCCGGACAUCAUUGGGUUCGUUAGCUGGCAAUGGACCACCGUCUAGAGCUAUCUCCACCACAACCCUCCUCUCGGACGUCAUCUCUCUCGUCAAGUUCCGACCAGGCGGGCGAAGGGUCAAGCACUCGAGGUUGCAGGAGAACACCGACACGGACACUCUAACGAAGAAUUGCCAGAGAGACGAGCAUAGUGCUGAGGUUGAUGAUGGAGAUGCCGAUAAAUCCCACAGCGAUGAUGACGCCAGUGUAAUGAGUUCCCUCACCAUCACCAAUGAGAAGGCAAAUGGGGACGGUAUGAAGGUUCCCGGGGAAUCGAAUAGCUCCACCGCUGUGUCCCCCACAUCUCUAGUGAAUAGCAAUACUCCGCCGUCGGAUGGUUCAAUUAGUAGUCUCCCACCCACGCCGCUGGACACCCCAAUGCCUGGACGACGGACCAAUUUUGAGGCGCUCGAGACGAAGAGUGUCAAUGGGAGUAAAUCCACGCGCGUCCGCAGGGAGAUCCGCGGGGGCAGCAAUGCUCCUGACACAGAUACAGAAAGCAUCAAGAGGAUGAUGAUUGGAGCUCAGAUGGCACGCAAUAAAAAGUUGAGUGUCAGCAAUGUUACGCUGACGAAUGGGAGCUAUUCACCGGCACUCAGCAUGACCAGUACAGCCACGAUACGCACCACGAGUCAGAAGGAGAGUAAAGACAAGAGGAAUCGAGAAAAACUCCUUGCAGGACCAGGAUCUGAAUUUUCUCUGGCAAAUCCUGAGGACCUGGAACUGGACUACUAUGACUACAAUGUGAUUAAUGCGGGAGCUGCACCUGGAUCCUAUCUUGGUAUGGAUCCCGCCUAUCUGGUGUGGAUUCCACCCCUAGAUCAGGGCAAUAUCAUCCAUGAAUUGGGAGAAAAGGAAGAUUCCCCGGAACGUGAGACUCCAGACUACGAAGAAAUUCUGCCCAGGCAUGAGAACAUCGACCCGGGCAGCAAUACCGAAACACCCGAUGAGGAGACACCAGCUCUGAUGUCGCUGAAAAAUUCACUGGCCAGGGGUACAGCCACCCCAGUGCUUGUGCGAAAAAUUACCAAUGACUCCCCGGGGAUUCAACUUCAAGACUUUUCUAAAAUGAGGGCCGUUAAAUUGCCCAUGGCUGCAAGACUUCUCCAAAGGGAAAAUAAGGAGGAGGAGGAGAAGGAGACCUCAGUGGUUAAAUCACACAGUGACUACUUUGAGAUGGAGGAUAUUAAAUUUGCCGAUGAGGAUCAUGAUCACGAUGAUGAUGACUGCAAUAUAAGGAUUCAGUAUCGUUCCGACACUAAACAACAUUCCGUUAAAACAUGAAAACUUCCUUUUUAGACGACGCUUAUAAAGAGAUAAUCUUAUGAUCAAUUCUGGAGGGAGGUGAGGGGUCAGCAACUCCAUGAAAAUUUCAUUGAUGGAGAAAUGGAUUAUAUCUGUGGGUUCGGAAAAAAGAUCCUCAAACUUUGAAGGCUCUUGCAGAAUAGUUGAUUCUUGAAUUUUGAAUGUUCUAAAUUUAUUUCUUAAUAAAUUCACAGUUGUUAAUUUUGUGAGAAAUUGAGUGAAAUCAUUUUAAUGAACAAAUUGAGUAAAAGAAAAAGACAUUGAAAAGUUAAAAAAAAAAUUAACAGGGAUAUUCUUAUUACUUUUAUUUAGAAAUUAUUGUUAAUUUAUGGUCUUGUUAAGUUUUUUUUAUUAUUUCAUUACUUUUAAUUAAUAUUAAUUUUUGAAGGAGAGAAAAUUGAAUUUUAAUAACUUUUCUUCGUUUAAACCGUUUAAACACUUUUUACAGCCUUUUGCGAAUUACGAGAAUUUUUUAUAAUUCGACGCUCCCGAAGAUUAUGAACCAUACCUACUCCUGUGUUAAAAGAUAGGAAUAUGGUUCAUAAUCUUCGGGCACGUCGAAUUACUUUUGUGACUUUUGUUAUGGAAAUCAUCAAAAAUCUAUAAACAAACUUAUUUGUUAAGUGGUUAAGGAAAAAAGCAAAAUGGCGUAUUAAGAACACUCUUCUAACUGACCAUAUACUGACUGAUGCUUUAAUCAUAAACGUUGCUGACCCCUUUGAAAUACAUUCUCCAAUCCAAUGCUAUGUAUAAAAUCUGUAAAGUAUGCUAUUUCAUGAUGAGAAUGAAAAAAAAGCAUUAGCAGUCAUUAAUAUUGUGAUACUGAAUAAAUGGCGAAACACACUGGAGAGAUCCUUCGUGGGAACUAAAUAAAUUUUAAUGCUACUCAAGAAAAUUGUGUGAAAUGUAGAAGUUAAAUGGAAAGGAUGAAGAGUUUAUACAGAAAAUCUACAUGUAGAGUGUACGCGAGACUGAAGAUGACGUUGUAGAGCCACCUCUCUCCUAAAUUCACUGUGUGUAAUAAUAAGAAAAUUAAUUGCUACAGCACAAUGAUUUCAAAAUCCAUGAACUCUGUAGAUUGUUAUAAGAGAAGUUACAUCAUUUUCGUAUAUAGGAAGUAGCAAGUAAUGCAACGUGUAAUUAAUAUCCUACAGUAAUAUUGUAAUUAGUCCAAAUUAGUCUGUAAUAACCGUAAUUACCAUGGUUAUUAAUAAAUUCUACAAGCACUAAGUAUAGGGGAGACCGGGGUAAAAAGAGUCAUUUUCGAAUUUUCAAAUGCCAAUUUCUC